UCCCUCUAUGUCCUACUUUAAUACAUGAUCACUCUCGCUUUGGUACGUUUUUAUAGCCAUGGAGUGAUACAAUUGCUUCUUAUUUGAUGGUCGUGAAAACGUUUCGCAUGUCUUUCAUAUUUCCUGGACUGUCUGUAUAAGCUGCAGACAUGACAAGACGACCUGGAAUGACAAAUCAUCUUAUCUCAAAUUUACAGUCAUGUCACCACAGCUGCAAGUAUUGGAGUUACACUGAAUGACCUGAAGGGUAUCUAACGCAGUGGACGUUUCCUCUGGUUUCUCCCAGCAUGCAACUCCUCCUUCGUCUGUUUCACUUUCACUCUUGAAUUAUUUGUACUAAAUCGGCGUGCAGAAGACGACACGGUGAAAAGAACUUCCUGCUUUCAUUGUCACCAUGUUAGCGGCUCCUCUCCUGUUGCUGCUGUUCGUUCCCUUUCCUUCCUCAUCAGGAGCACAGCUGCCAAAUCAAGGCCAAGCCAAGGUCGUCCCCAUAGCCACCAAUGGCCAGCCAUUCCCCUGGGAGCACAUGAGACUUCCUAAAACCAUCUCCCCCCUCCACUAUGACCUGACCAUCCACCCCAACCUGACCACCCUCGACUUUGUAGGCGUUGCUCGUAUCCGGCUGGACGUGCACGAAGACACCAGCACCAUCGUUCUCCAUGCCAAGCAGAUGCAGAUAUCCAAUGUGCUGCUCCUUGCGCCUGAAGGUGUGAGGCCUCUCCGGGUGUUGGAGUAUCCUCCUUUCCACCAGCUUGCGUUGUUGUCAGACUCGGUGCUGACCAAAGGUAGGAAGUAUGAAGUUCAGCUGGAGUUUGCUGCCAACUUGUCUGACAGCUUUCACGGUUUCUACAAGAGCAGCUACCGCACCAGCAGUGGGGAGGUCCGGGUUCUGGCAUCCACGCAGUUUGAAGCCACCUUUGCUCGUGGAGCCUUCCCCUGUUUUGACGAGCCCGCCUUCAAAGCCAACUUCACCAUACGUAUGAUACGAGAGCCACGCCACAUAACCAUAUCCAACAUGCCCAAGGUAAAAACAGUGGAGUUGCCAGGCGGUUUGCUUGAGGAUCAUUUUGACACCACUGUAAAAAUGAGCACUUACCUGGUGGCCUACAUUGUGUCUGACUUCCUGUCUGUGAGCAAGACCACCCAGCACGGUGUCAAGAUUUCAGUCUACGCUGUACCUGAGAGGAUCGACCAGACAGCCUUUGCGCUGGAUGCUGCUGUCAAGCUGUUGGACUUCUACGAUGACUAUUUUGAUAUUCCUUACCCGCUUCCCAAACAGGACCUGGCUGCUAUCCCUGACUUCCAGUCAGGUGCGAUGGAGAACUGGGGGCUGACCACUUAUCGGGAGGCGGGCCUCCUCUUCGACCCUGUCAAGUCCUCAGCUUCAGACAAACUGGGUAUCACCAAGGUCAUCGCCCAUGAGCUCGCACACCAGUGGUUUGGGAACCUGGUGACAAUGGAGUGGUGGAAUGACCUGUGGCUCAAUGAGGGUUUCGCCAAGUUCAUGGAGUUUGUUUCUCUCGACAUCACCUACCCAGAGCUGCACGUGGAUGACUUCUUCUUGGGGAAAUGUUUCGAGGCCAUGGAGGUAGACUCCCUCAGCUCCUCCCAUCCAGUCUCCACCCACGUGGAAAACCCCACGCAGAUCCAGGAGAUGUUCGACGAUGUAUCAUAUGACAAGGGAGCAUGUAUUCUGAAUAUGCUGCGGGACUUCCUGACUCCUGAGGCCUUUGAGAUUGGGAUCAUCCGAUACCUCAAGCGCUAUAGCUACCAAAACACUGUCAACAGCCACCUGUGGGAGAGCCUGACUAAUAUCUGCAACUCAGAUGAUCUGGACGAAGGCCGAAUGAAACACAAACAAUUCUGCACCAAGCGCGACCUCCAGUCUGGAGCCUCUAAAUGGUACUCUGGUGAUGAGCUUGAUGUCAGGGCCAUCAUGGACACCUGGACGCUGCAGGAGGGCUUCCCCCUGGUCACUGUGGAGGUCAGAGGUCGUGAGGUCAGGCUCAGUCAGGAGCGGUACCUGAAGACAGACGACCCCUCCCUCACUGAAGGAUUCCUGUGGCAGAUCCCGCUGACCUACAUGACCAGCGCCUCCAACACCAUCCACCGUUUCCUGCUUAAGACCAAGACUGAUGUCCUGUACCUGCCGGAGGAGGUGGACUGGGUGAAGUUCAAUGUGGACAUGAACGGCUACUACAUGGUCCACUACGCAGGCGAGGGGUGGAACUCCAUUAUCAAACUGCUGCAACACAACCACACAGCUCUGACCAGCAACGACCGCGCCAGCCUCAUCCACAAUGUCUUCCAGCUGGUCAGUAUAGGGAAGGUGAGGCUGGAUACAGCUCUGGAUCUGUCUCUGUACCUGUCCAGAGAGACUGAGAUCAUGGCCGUGACUCAGGGCUUUGGAGAGCUCGUACCUCUCUACAAACUGAUGGAGAAGAGAGACAUGGCUGUUCUGGAGAACCAGAUGAAGGGCUACAUUGUGGAUCUGUUCCGGGGUCUGAUUGAUCGGCAGGAGUGGACUGACUCUGGAUCAGUGUCUGAGCGAGUGCUGAGGAGUUACCUGCUGCUGUUCGCCUGCGUCAGGAACUACGCUCCCUGUUUGACCAAAGCCACCCAGCUCUUUAACAAGUGGAAGGACUCCGAUGGCAACAUGAGCCUGCCUGUUGACAUCACCAUGGCAGUGUUUGUGAUUGGAGCUCGAACACCAGAGGGGUGGGACUUCCUGUUUGAGAAGUACCGCCAUUCAUUGCAAUUGUCUGCAAAGAGCCGCAUGAAGACUGCAAUGGCUGUCAGCCCACUGCAGGACAAGCUCAAGUGGAUGAUGGAGCAGAGCCUCCACGGCGAGGUGAUGAAGACUCAGGACCUCCCAGAUGUGGUCGUCUCUGUCAGCAAGAACCCCCGUGGCUACAAACUGGCCUGGGACUUCCUCCGAGCCAACUGGCACACCCUGAUUAAGAAGUUUGACUUGGGCUCUCACUCCAUAUCAUACAUGGUGACUGGGGUGACCAACCAGUAUUCUACCAGGGAGAUGAUAGAUGAGGUACGAAACUUCUUUGGCUCCCUGACCGAGGAGACAGGCUCAGAGAUGAGAUGUAUCCGGCAGACCUAUGAGACCAUUGAGGAUAACAUCCGUUGGAUGGACACCAACCUUCCCCUGCUGCAGGCCUGGCUGAACAAACACAGCCACAAAGCCGUGCAUGAAGAUUUGUAGCUCCAGGGGAAACAAAAAAGCCUAGAUUGGACAAUUAUGUCGCUAAAAGCAGAAACUACGAGAGGCGUGGAUGCGACUCACAAGACUUGGAGCAUCUCUUGGAGUCAGACAUGAAUCGCAAAUUUAAUGACUUUUUAAUUGAAGACAAAAUUCAGUGACUCCUGACUUAGCCUCGCUAAAUGUAAAGACUAAAAAAACAAAACAUAACCAACAAUCAAAAACAUUUGGAUCCUGCGUCAUCUCAAAAUCUUAAUUACCCCAAACCUGACUGACCUGAAUUGGCACUUAUGCACCAACACUUAGGACUUACUUGUGACUUGCAAAACAAUGACUUUCUGCCACCUCUGUAAACUACAGCCUAAGUGCUGUUCAUUGGAGGUGUUUCACAGGUUCAAAGAGAUAGUAAGUAAAGAAAGAGAAGUAAUUGUAGAUUUCCCCCCAUAAGGUUUGAGGAGGUAACAUCAAUUCCUCAUUGUUGUGUUUCAAAGCAAUCUGCAAUAUUCAUGACACCGAAACAUUUGUGCUCAGAACUGUCAGUGUGUGUUUGUAUAUAUAUGUUUGUUUUGGGUGAAGUGGGUUGUGUGAGUUUUCACCAGCAAUUUUCAAGAUGUUCGAAGAUGAGUGCAGUGUUUCCUGUGUGAAGUAAGUAAGUGAAUAUUUAAUUUUUCUCAGAUAUUUAGGUACCAGACCACUCCUCACCUAACAUGAAAAGCAAAAAAAAAAAAAAAAAAAGAUUGGACAGUCCCUCUAGAGAAAGAAGGCUUACUGCCUCCAGCCUUCAUAAAAAUACUGCAAAAUGUUGGAAUAUCUGAAACGGCUACACCUGAAUGAAUUCUGAAACAAUUGUUUGUAACAAAAGUUACCCUAAUGCACUAGUUAGAUUUUUGCAUGGGGUAAGGGUUGUUGAACCAUAACUGAUUUACAACUCAACAUCACACUGCUGUAAGAUCAGAGCACAUACAGUUUUUGUUUGUUUGAGUUUCCAAUAUUGGGAACAUAAAUAUAAAUUCUGACACCACUGGUCCUUCUUGGUAGCAUUUUUAACUUUAUUGAAAUUCUCAUAUAGAUGUCAAAAGAAAGUGCACUAAAAGUAAUGUGUUGUCACCAAAAAGUCUUUGGUUUAUUCAACACAGUAUUUUAUGCUACUGUAAAAUCCCUGUUUUGUGGGAUAGGAUUCAUAGCAAUUCUGUUAUUGUGUAAAGAGAAUAUGUGUUGGUUGAAUUAAAUAUUGGACCAAUAAAGUUAAUUUGACUUAU